AUGACUUUUCCAAAUGUCACGUGGAGAGACAUAUAUAACUAUUAUUAUCAGAGAGGUCUUAAAUCAUUCAUUAUAAAUAGCAUUAGUAAUAUAGUAAUUGGUCUUUUUAUUGCGUUUUCACCAGUACUUCUAUUUCGCUGCAUAGAUAUUUCCAAAAUAAAUACUACGACAAAGAUAUCAGAUGUAAUUAGACCAUUUUCAGAAGGAUGGAAGCGCUCAAACUUAUUCAUUGAAUGUUGUGUUGUUAUUUUUUCGAUUUACGUCCUAAUUCAGAUACUUCAGUUUGCUUACACACUUCCGACAUUUAUAAGAAUAUGGAAAUAUUUUAAAGAAACAUUAGAAAUUAAAGAUGUCGAUCUUUAUGUUCUCGAUUGGAUUGAAAUUUUAGAUGCAAUAGCACAGAAAGAUAGUACAGUUCGCAUUUCAUCACUCGAAAUCGCCCAAGAAAUCUUACGAAUGGAAAAUUAUAUCACUGCCUUCGUUACAGACCCAGAAUUACUUACAUGGAAGCUUCCUUAUAUGAAUCAGGCAUGCCACUUCCCAAUGACCCGGUUUUUCUUUUACAUUUUCCAAAUAUCUUUGAAUGGAACCGUAAUGGACUCAACAGGAGCUUCAAUUGUUAGCGAUGUACCAGAUAUUAGACUUCCUCAAGUCAGAGAUUCUCUUUCAAAGCGUUUCAAAGUUAUAGGGUUCAUAUUAUUUUUAAUUUCACCUUUUUACUUAGCUUUUCAAGCUUUAUACCUAAUAUUCCACUACUUCCAGUCAGUUAAGAGUUCUCCAAGUUCUCUUAGCAUGCGAAGAUGGUCUCCUGAAGCAAAAUGGGCAAUUCGAGAAUAUAAUGAACUUCCACAUCUGUUUAAUGAGAGAUUACAACGUGCAGACUAUUUCUCUAACCUGUAUAUAGAGCAAUUCCCACCGGAUGCGAUGCAAACUGUCUAUAAAACGGUCUGUUUCCUUUGUGGAUCGUUUAUUGCAUAUUUUAUUUUCAUUGGUUUGUUUUCUGAUGUUUCCAUUGUUUUUGGUGCAUUAAUUGGCCAAAAAAGCAUUGUUUGGGUUAUGGCAUUACUUGCUACUAUAUAUAGUAUAUUCAAUGGAUUGAUUAAGAAGAAGAAAAAGUCUAAAGAUAGUUUAGAACUUUACGAAGAAAUCAGAAAAUUCAUUCAUUAUGAUUUCACUGAUGAAAACCACAACGCUCUUUCUUGGGAAGCACAAAGUAAGUUUACUGAAUUCUUCCAACCCUUGUGGUUGCAUAUUGUUAUUGAACUGUGUGGAUGCAUCAUUAAUCCUGUUGUUUUCACUUUUGUUCUUCCUUUGCAUUCUGAAAAAAUUAUUGAUUUUGUCAGGAAAAAUUCAGUUAGAAACGAAAAUAUUGGAUGUAUUUGCAGAUUUUCUAAUUUCGAGGAUGUUAUUAAUGGAGGAAAUGUUGCACAGAAUGGAAAGAUCAAGAGAUCUAUAUCUAAUUUCAAACUCUAUGGACAGCAAUCAAUUAGAAAAGAUCAGCCAAAUUUGAUACAAUUUGAUGCUGACGAAAUGCAAGCAUUAGUUGACUCAAAUCAACCCGCAGCAACGCUAAUGGAACCAUCACUGACUGAUGUAAGAAGUAUGCUCCCUCCACCUUCAUAUCCAAGAUUUUGA